AUGUCUUCUAGUGAUAAUAAGAACUUGUUUGGAGUAGCAAUGAAGAUCCAGAAAAUUAGAUCUUUAUUGUUUGAUGAGUCAAAUGAAGUACGCAAGGCAGUAGGACUUUGGGGUAUGGGUGGUAUUGGCAAGACGACUCUUGCUUUUGCGGUCUUCAAUGAAAUCUCAAGUCAAUUUGAAGCUUCAUAUUUUAUUCAAAAUGUUAGGGAAGCAUCAAAUAAAAAUCAAUUAUGUCAUUUGCAAAAAGAACUUCUUUCAGCAUUAUUAGAGGAUGGACACCUCAAUAUAAGGCUCAAAUUCACACAAGAAAGGCUUAGAUGUAAAAGAGUUCUUAUUGUUUUUGAUGAUGUGACAAAUUUGAAACAAAUAAGAGAAUUAAUUGGAGAUCUUGAAAACUUGGGUUUUGGAAGUCGAAUUAUUAUAACCACAAGGGAUAAACAAGUGCUAAAAAAUUGUAGAUUGGAUGAUUCUACCAUAUAUGAGGUCAAAGGAUUAGGUAGUGAUGAAUCUCUUCGACUUUUUAAACAACAUGCCUUCAAACAAAAUUAUCCAAUUGAUGAAGUUUUCUUGAAGCUUUCAGAAAGGGUAGUAAAUUAUACAAAAGGUUUGCCUUUAGCUUUUGAAGUCUUAGGUUGCUUUCUACUUGGUAGAGAAAAAAUUGAAUGGGAAAGUGCACUGGAUGAAUUAAAAAAAUAUCCAAAUGAGGUCAUCCAAACGGUGCUUAAGAUAAGUUAUGAUGGAUUAUCUGAUAAAGAGAAGACUUUAUUUUUAGACAUUACAUGCUUCUUUAAAGGAUGGGAUAAAUAUCUAGUUGGUACUUUUGGUUCACAUAUUGGAGGAACUGAUAAAAUAAGAGGCAUGCUCUUUGAUAUGGCUAAAAUGAUAGCGAUCCACUUAAAUCCUCAUGCUUUCUCAGAGAUGGCUAAUCUAAGACUCCUUAUAGUAAAUAAUUCGAGAUACAAUAAUAAGGUUCAUGGUUUUGAUAGCAUUGAAUUUGAUUUUUCAGAGUUGAGAUGCCUCUGUUGGGAUCAUUCCCCCUUCCCAUCAUUGCCUUUGAAAUUUGAUCCUGAGAACCUUGUUGUACUUAAGAUGUGUAACAACAAUCUUGAACAACUAUGGAUGGGUAUCAAGAAUCUUUCUCAUUUAAAAUACAUUGACCUAAGUUACUCAAAACAUCUACUUAUAGUCCCAAACCUCUCAGAGGCUCAAAAUCUAGAGUGUCUGAUUCUAGAAGGUUGUACAAGUUUGCUUGAGAUCACUCCUUCUCGGAAUCUCAAUAAACUUGUUAAUUUGAAUCUAAGAAAUUGCAAAAGCCUUAUCAGUCUUCCAAAUGGCAUUUAUAAGUCGAUGUUUCUGAAAUAUCUUUGUAUCUCUGGUUGUUCAAAACUUGAAAGAUUGCCUGAGGACUUAGGAAAUUUAGAGAGCUUGGAAGUACUAGAAGCUGAUGGAAUUUCUGUAAGAGAACUAUCAUCAGUUAUGGCUGGUUGGCUAUCAGGGUUGCGAUAUUUAAGAAGAUUAAAUUUGAAUCGGUGCAGUCUUACAGAGUUACCCGAUGAUAUUGACAAGCUGUCCUUACUAGGAGAUUUAGAAUUGGAAGAAAACAAUUUUGAGAGCAUCCCAACAAACAUCAAGAACCUUUCCAAGUUACAGCUUUUUAACAUAAGGCUUUGUAAUAGGCUUCAAUCCUUACCAAAGCUUCCACGUAAUAUAGAAGAACUUAGAGCAGAUGAGUCAUAUGCUCUAAAUGAGAUAUAUUAUAAGGCUAAAUUUGUUCUCAAAGUUUUGGGUACCUUACCUAAGAGAUUUUUUUACCUAUAG